UGUGUAUGAUUGUGUAGGUUCGUUUUUUAUGAUGAACCUGUAUAUUGUGCUUUUUUGUCAUACCCCCAUGUAUAUUUUUAUCUACAGGGCUCAUCUGUCAAAAUAGUGAUACAAAAAAAGUGUGUGUGUAUUAGGACAUCCAUUCCUCAGUUUCAUAUAGAAUUAUGCUGAAACUCAUUCCUCUUGAUUUCCUGUAAUUCAAUACCAGUGGGUAAAAAUAUGUGUGGGGGCACAGCGCAGGAGAAACAUUAGAAGCAUAGCUGCUGCUGGGAGCCAGUAGUGCCAGAGUCUUGAGUGAGUGGCCUGAAACAGAAAUGAACAGUUCUCCAGUCUGAGAUGCCGAAGAGACUCCUGUGUUCUUGUUUCUAGUGAGGCGACCAGGAGGAGUGGGGCUUUUGGAAGAGGCAGGGGGGUGUCGGACACGGUCUGUCUAUAUUUCAGAAGGCACAGUUGCAACAAGGCUGAGGUUUGGCUGGAAUGGGAGUGAGUACUGCCCUUUAAAGCCUUGGUGCAGCUCUCUGUGACUGGGUUAAGUUCAGUUCCAUAAAGAGGCAGACCACUGGGGUUACUUCAGUCUGAGGGGAUUGUGCGUUUGGGUCGUGGCUCCACAGAAGAGUGCCUGACCUCCAAUGACUACUAGCCUUACAGAGCAGCCCUGAGAGGAAUGUAGAUUGUCAACCGAGGUAUUUUGGUUAUGUGCAACAGCUAAUGAUUGUAAUCACAGAGCAGAACGGGACUCUGAGAAGUUUUUCCUCCCCAGCAGUUUUCUUGCCAUGCCACGCUCACUGUCUCCCAGAGAUUAGAGCGUUAGACGAAUGGCACGUCGGCUCCGCUUGCACUUUGCGUUGAGAAGAAGCAACACGGAUCCUCUGUCAGAGAGCCUGAGCAGCCAUGGUGAGGAGAGCGGUCUCUGUGUGUCAACCCGCAGCCCCGCAGAGAUCCUAGCGCACAGCUCUGUCCAAAUGAAGGUGAUUCCAGGGAAGCUAGCCUUGGCUUUGCCUCCCCUGUCCCCGGAAUACGGUAAUUUACAGCGCUACUCAUCCGUAUUUAUACCCAAGGUGAACACCGUCAGCAAGAAGAGUACUCUGCAGAUCUCCCUGCAGCCCCGUGGCAAGCUGAAUGGAGAGUUGGAGAACAGCACUGAGGGCGGGGAGCCAGGGGUCUGCGAUGUGGGAGCAGGCAGUGGCUCAGACGGGGUAUCCUGUAGCAGCAGCAGCAGCACGGCCAGUGACGCAGGCUACUGCAGCAGCAGCAGCAGCAUCUUUGAGCCAGAGUUCCCAGAUCAGCGUAGGGCAUCCCAUGAUAGAAGUCUGCCCCGUAGGAAAGCCAGGGUCCCUCUGAGACGCUGCUCCUCCCUGGUUAUAUUUCCAAGGAGCCCCUGUAAUACACCACCAGCCUCCCCGGUCAGCCCUGUGGCACUACCCGCCUUGCCUCUAGCCAGGGGCUCCUACCAGACUUCUCACCAGCUCCAGUUGUCCCCCAGUGAGCCCCCGCAGGAGGACGAGACGGGGACAUCAAAAGCGUCCAUCGCCACGGCGAUGAACGGCCUGCGACUCUCUAAGAGCAGCUUUCCAUCAGCGGAGUUCAGAGACACCAGGCCCAUGGUGCAUUUUAACAUUCCCCUUCCAGAUAAACCUAAAGACAAAAUGGAGGAGUGUGAGAAGACUGACCACUCGGCUACCUUAGACAGACCGUGUCGCGACAAGGCCGACCUAUCGGCAAAUUUAGACCAACACUCCAGUGUGCUACUGCACUUUGCCCACCAGCGACCAAUAUCUGGGAAGGCAUCUAGAAACAGAACAACCGUCAAUGUUGAAUGUCCUGAAUCUCCAACCCAGGCCCCUCAGUCGGAGGGUGAAUGUUGCCCUCGCCACAUUAAGCUGUUUCGCAGCACCUCUGCUUGCUUUCUCCCCUCAACUAAACUUUCAGAGAGGAGCCACAUUGCCGGUCUUGCAGACAAUGGAAAUGGACAGGAAAUGCCUGAGGAAAACCAUUGUCAUCACGCCUUACAAAGGAGCUUUUCUCUGGAAGUCCCCUACCAUAAUACUGGUAUUUCAUGUCACGUUUCCAACCAAAAACUAUCUAACUCUCCACAUGUGCACAUCCAUGUGUCCCACGGCUCUGGGGCAAGGGUCUCUAGCCCUGUCAUUGAUGUAAACACUAACCACAAAAGGGAUCACAUACAAAAGAGCCCUGCAAGAAAGACCACGGUGAGUUUUUUCCUUCACUGGGUGGGGUAGGAUAGGAGCUUAGCAAGGCUGAGAAUAGAGAGAAAUUAGGCCUAUGCUUUGGCCAAAUGUAGUAGAACGGGUGGUACAUUUAUUGGUUAAAUUAUAGAAUUUAUGUUUUCAACUGUGUAGUGUGAUAGUGUAUUGGCUCAUUGUGGUUGGUCUGUAUUUGAACUAUUUCACUUCUAACCUCAAUAAAUAGAGAUUGUGGUAUUCACUAAGUGGGGUAUUAAUGUUGUACUUGUUAUGUUCGUCACCCAUAAGAUGGCAUAUCUGAAAUGCUCCAUUAGAUUCCAUUUGAAAUAUGUUAUGCUGUUUAGUAAAGCAGCAAACCUACUCUCUAAGAGAGAUUGAUAAGAGUUUGUGUGUAACUUUCAAUGAUGUCCAUUUGAUAAUGCUACCUCCUUAAUUGCUCAGUGCUCAGUCUGUACCCUACAUGUUUCUCUGUUUACUCAGCCUUUGGGCUCCCUGCGAGCAAGCAGGAGCAAAGUUCAGUAACUGAGAAGACAGCUACAGCUAAGUCAUGCGAUUAACAAGCCCAAUGUGGACAAAAAUGCAAAGGUAUUCAGGUGUAUAACAGUAAACCAUUAACAUACUUGCACCCAGCAAAAUGCUAAAAGAGAAAGAAAAGAAAGGCUCCCUCUUGCGAUACUUGUCUGCGGCGGCCUUGCGAGUGUUUCUGUACACACGUGCUUUGGUUAAGAGGGGUUCUCUGUUUUUAUUAUUCUAUUAAUGCUUUGAGUAAUCAGUUUAAGUAUUUACCCCUGACUAAAUUUAGUUGUGGGAAAAGCAGGGCCCCCCCUCUCGCUAUAAAUAAAGCUCCUCUGAAAUAUUCCCCCCGACUCCAGAUAGUCUGUCCCGCUGUUGCCUUGGCCAGCCCUAUGAAUUCAAAUUGAACAACGUGAUACUAGAGUAGCGCUCAUUUAUGCCAGCCGUCCGCAGGCCUGGGGAUCAUGUUAUGUGGGUAGAGGGUGUUUGGAGACGAAGCCUUUUACAGUAAAAGGAUGGUGUGUUCCCUUCCUCGCGGGUCCCCCUGCUAGACCGUGUUUGUAAAGCAUCAUGUGUCAGUCCUUCUCCCCCUCUAUCACUCAUGUUCCCUUGCUCCCUCUCCCUCUUUGCAUUUAGCAGCUUGUCAAGUAAGACCUGCACCAGCAAUUAGCCAAAGCUACUAUCUUUAUAACAGCUGAACUCUUAUAUAAUCUCAUUUAGGACAUGAGAGACCCUCCGCUGCAUACCUCUUGCUUAAGCCCAGCAGGUCAUAAGCAUCUGUGCUCCUGUUUUAUGACUUAUUUUAAUCCAGUGAUAGCCUCCUAGUAAAGCUCCUCUGGAAACAUAAUCUGAAUAACAGUUGCAAGAUGUGUUUAUUACAUUUAUUCCACAGGACACUUUUGUUGACAUUUUUGACUGGUAUAUUCUACUUUUAUUAGCUCCAAUCAGUACUGUUGCCAGGAAAUGGCUUGUGCUAUUUAAAGAGGGCUGACUGAUACCAUAUGUUCCUGUAUUUUGACACUGUUAGUCUCAAAGUAAGAGUUCUCUCUGAUGUAGGGAAAACUAGAUACUCAAAACGCUGGUGUAUGUGUAGCCUGUCAGUGGAGCGUGAAGAGAAGGUAGACAAAGGUGUGCUGACAGAAUUGUGCCAGAAUUAGCCACGCGGUGAGAGCUUUGGAGUCCGAGGCGAGCCCUCAUGGCCUCCACUGUGGCUACAUCUCCUCCCUCCUUACUUACUUUCUCUCUGUCUCUUUCCCACUCUCUUCUUCCCUCUGCCUCUCUGUGUUCCUUGCCUAUUUCUUGUGAGCUGACCAGAUGCCUUUUGGACAUUGACAAGGCUAAGCACCAUCUUGAUAUGAGCCCUGAUACCUCACUGAGCCUGAUAAGUGACCAUUUCUCCUGAUCAGUCAAUACACCUUAACCCUAUUUGGCUGUUUAAAGGGCAAAAGAGUAGCAGCCCCAGAAUCAUGAUCAGCAGCUCCGUGUUGUGGCCAAACACAGAGGAUAAACAAGACACCUAGCAUAAGAAUGAGGAGAAUGAGAUGAAUGACAGUCUCAUAAUGUAAACAUUGAAUCUCCCUAAUCAUGACGAUCAGUCCCCAGGCAGUGAAGUUCAACAGAGCUCAAAGGUCAUGCUCGUUUUUUGCAUCACAUCUGAGUGUUGUCCUGGAUAAUGCAAGAAUGACUUGCUUUUCCUUCCAAGGUCGUGUAAAGAUACUGUACAGUAGUCAGAAGAUACUGUACAGUAAUCAGACUAUCGAUAAUGAAUAACAGGUGACCGAAUGCGUUGUUCCCUCUAAUUUUUGCAGCACUGAGCAAAUUUAAGGUCUGCUGAGAGCAAACUUCAAUGUGAAAAUUCUGUGCAACUUCCUUUGUGAACACUGAGGUUGUACACCCUUUAAUUUACUAUUUUAAUAGUGACCAGGUAGGCUACUGUGACUAUUUGAUAAUAAUCUAGCCCUACCAGAGUGGCCUACCAUAAAAAAACUAUGAAGAAAAUGCAUCACAUAACAUUUUAACAUGGAAAUAGCGGUUCUAUCAUUCAGCCUACAGAAGCAGCCAAUGUGUAGUGUUCAAUGUAGGCCUACAUUCCUUGAGACUUUUGGAAAAAAAAACAUGCAAGCUUGGCAUUAACCUGUUUAUCCACUUGUCCUUCAGAUGAGGUGACUGAACAUUUUGUUUGAUGCAAGAAACCACUUUACAAAAUAAAAUAUAUUAUUAUCCCCAUACCGUUAUUACAGAGAAUCAGACAAAUUAUGCUACCCUCUGCCUAUUGGCUACUUAGCUUAUUCAAGCCUUUUUUUUUUAAAUACAACACUGGCCAUUUAGGACCAAAAAAAAGCUCUUUCCCUAACUCGCUUUUCAAAGAUGGCUAGAAAUGUUCACAUUUUGUGCUCUUGUAGGAAGCAAUCACUCCCACAUUUCUGACGACAAAUUAGCUAUAAAUUGGCUAAUAAAUCACUAACUAGCAAAGAAUAUGACCAAAUGUUCACACGUGGCUACAUGCAGCUCUCGCUUUGAUCUCAAAACAAGUGCAUAAUAAUCAUUCAUGCACUUCAUGCACUCAAAGUGAAUGGCACAAAUCCGUAUAUGGCAAUGGUAGAUUUGCAUAUAGGUCUACUGCAGCUCUGAUUUGGUUAUGGCGCACGUAGUGUGCAGGCCUGAGUCGUGCCUGCCAAUGCAAUAGAAAUCCUACUCCGAUGUGCUCUGCCAACAAAAUCUCUUGCGUAGUUAGUUUUGCAUAAUAAUUAUUGCGUAAUUCAUUUUAUUUUGUUAUGUUGCAUUGAAAGUGGCUAUUGCAUUGAUUCAAAAUGCACGCAGAGACGUACAAAUGCUAUCCAUGAGUUCAUCUGACUCUGAGGAAGUGGAUAAAGGGCUUCAUUGCUAGAAUCCUGACGUUUCCAUUUAACUAGAUAUAAUUUUUCCAGAUAGGGUCCCCAGCAUUUUCUGAUGUCAAUUUGGGGUUGUGUGCAGUGCCAUUUUUUUGGAACACCUUGUCUAAUAGAACUAUGUGUAUAAUGUGCCAAUGAAUACAUUUACAACUAAAUCAUCCAUGAGGGCUGAUGGCACGUGCUGUAAAGGUGACUGUAUCAUGGAAAAAGAUUAUCUAUCUUGGCUAGUCGUGUUUGUGUGUGUGUGUGUGACUCAUACCUUUUGCACUUGAGACGUAGGUAGGUAGGUGUGUGCGAGCCGGCAAACAUGCCGAUACAUUGUAACCACUCCCUUUUUUGUUGGACUGACUCAUGAAUGACUACUGUACAUGACUCCCCAUUACAAUCUCUUAUAUCCUU